GUGCGCUUGGGCUUCGAGGUGGGGAAUUCAGCUGGGAGUUUUUACGCGGCGUGGUCGGUUUGAGUUUGAAGAACAUAUAAGAGCAUGGACGAGAAAGUGGACAGUGUGAAUGGAACUGUAACCAGGUCUGCCGAGUACAUUGGUUCAUUUCCUGUGGAUGACUGCUGUUUGGAUGAACAAAUUCAAAAGCUGCACUUGCAGCUCAAGUCCCUUAAGCGGUAUAAGCGUAGGCGAUACGUCUCCCUAAAAUUCUCCAUUAGAGGAGUGAAGGUUUAUAACGAAGAUGAGACGACACUACUGAUGGCCCACGCUCUGCAGCGAGUCUCACUGUCCAUCGCCCGUCCCUCUGAUGCUCAGUUUGCAUUUGUCGCCCACAAUCCCGGCACCCCAGACUCUCAACUCUACUGCCACCUCUUUAAGGCCAGACAUGCCAGAGCUGCCCAGUUUCUGAACAUGCUGCUGUGUCGCUGCUUCCAGCUGUGUUAUCUGGAGAAACAUCCAGAAGAGGCCGAGGACAAGACAUCUGGGAAGAAGCCGGCUCGUAACCCUUCUUUGUUGAACCAUGGCUUCCCGCUUAGCGUUAACGCCCUGGUGUCCUUUCGCAGGGCGCCUGCUCAGGGUCUCCUGUCAGACCAAAAGCCUGGGGGCUCUUUGAAACCCAGCGCGGAGAUUGUCAGCAGUCCAGACGACGUCUUUCCGACGUCCCCUACACUUGUACGAAAGCAGGCCAUGAGGGACAAAGUGCUGCGCUCGGGGGCUUACCGCUCCUUCACCUGCACUCCUGUAAAACAGCGGGGCCUGCAGGAACGCCUGAACGCUCUACAAGACAAGGGACAGGACAGUGUACCAGUAUGCAGGGUGCGCGCACCAAGCUUGGCCGAAACCGAAGAAGCACUGGCGCAUGCCGUGUGGUGCUGGGCUGGCGUCUCUAGUGACUGCAGUUCAUCUCUGCUUCCCGAAGACGUCCUCGGUUCCUACUUGUUGUGUCCCCACCCCAAAGAUCCCAGUGUUGAGUCUUUGCUCAUACGCUUCCCUUCAGGUCUGGUCAAUUUGGCUAUCAAGACCUCCAGCAAUGGACGACUGUUCCUCGAGAAGUGUCGUGUACAGUUUGAGAGUCUCACGGCACUGAUCGAGCACUACACUGAAAGAAGAGAAGAACUGGAGGUGCAACUGAGUUGUGCUCGUGUUAACCACUGUUACGAAUGGGAAGAGAGCAAAUUCCAGAAUAAACGUUCACCAGAACGGAAAAACAGCAAAAAUCAGCCCUGGGUUUAAAUCCUAUCUGUGUAAAUAUCUUUAUUUUUAGACUUGUGACUCUUUAACAGGGAACUCAUCAGCUGUUUUAUCAAUUUCUAGACACUUUAAUCUUUAACCUCACUUAACUCCUAAUGUUCUGCACUUUAGACACAAAACACACGGUGAUUAGAGUGUUAUGUUUGUUUUCAUCUCUUAUUUUUGUUCUUAUAAAUAGGGGCUUUUUUUCUUUAGUUAACACUUGACGAGGCUUUUCCCCCUCCCUGUAUUUUUUGUGUUUUAUGUCCAACCAUUUUUAAAAAAUUUCUUAAGCAGUAUUGUUAACUAACCAGAGGUGUAAACUACUGAGUCACUCUACACAAGUUAGCAGAAGAGUAAUUAAAACUUUGGCUAAAUAGUUUGUGAAUGAUGUGAAAGUCUGUGAAAUCUGUUUUAUUAAUGGUAUUUAUGGAACUGUUUGUGUUUGGCUCCAGUCAGAGUUGCACUUUGGCUUAGGAGCUCUGAAAUUGCAGCAGCUCCUUUUUCCUUUCUAACACAACUUGAACUUUUAUUAGGCUUUUUAUCAGCUUUACUACUGAAGCACUUUCCUAAGAGAAUCUUGAAAUUAUAUAAAAAUGUUUUAAAGUGA